AUGCGCGACUCCCCUCCAGACCCCACCCGUGAUCAAGCCCUCGGCCUCCUGAUCACCCUUCGCAUCCUGAGCCCCAACUCGGGCCCCACCUCCAGCUUGGAGUUUGACACUGAAUGGGAGCAGAUCCGUUCCUUCAGCACUCUUAGGACGGGAGGUGCGGGUUACUGGUGGAAGGAAGGCCUCAAGUGGUUGCGUCCUGAUCAAAUUCCUGAAGAGGUGNAGGAAACUGUGUCUACCAUAGCCUGA